CGGAGCCUGAAGUGGCCGCCUAUACCUCAGUACAAGCACUAAUGUCAGCAUGGGCAGUAAAUUGGCGAUGAUUGCUUGUUUCCAGUGAAAAACGUCUUUUGAUAUUCACGACAGAUUUACAUUAGAUAGCAAUGCAUCAUGUCCAACAAAGCUCCACCUUCUGAGGCUGACCUCGAGAAAUUCUUCGAAAAAGAUGUUAUUUGCUGGAAAAAAGCUGUUCAGAUGGUCGAGGAGAAGCGUGCGAAGAAGCAGAAGAGGAAGCCAAAUAAAUUGAAGAAAAAACCAAAUCCCUCGGGCAGUAGUGAACCAGACAGCAGUAAAUCAAUAACAGAUCCGGACAACGCUCAACAAUCUACGGCCGUCACAGCCCAAGAACUUAUCCAGAUUGCACAAACAGCACAUGCUAAUUCAUCAAAGCAAAGAGGGACGGCCAAAGAUAUUUUUUACAAGAUAGUGUUUUAUUUCGAAAGGCAUUCUCAAGUCAUCGACGUUUUCAUCCAGCAAGAGCCGAAGUUUACGGCAAUCGUUUGGGGGUCGAUACGAUAUCUCUUAUGGGUCAUCGUGGACUACGAGCAAGCGUCCGAAGUAACAGCGGAAGGCAUAUUGUUAGUGGUACAGCAGGCGGAGAGAUGGUCAAGAAUGGCGCGGUGCUACGGACACCAACAGAGUGUAGAAAAUGCCACAGUCUACUUAUAUGUCCAGGUUCUUGAGUUCUUGCAGUCUGCCACCGAGCGCUUCGGACAAGGCAAAUGGGACAAACAAGCAAACAAAGAGAUUCUGAAAAUUCUACGGACACCGGAAACCCCUCAAGGUAGGUAAAAAACAAAAAGCCUCCCAGUUAAUCAUCAUUCCAUGUUUAUAUGAGAAUCACAUAUUUUGUCUCCAGCAUUCUUGGCUAUGGGAAAGCUCUUGUGUGAUUGGCUCUGCCCAGUCACGGGAUUGUUGCAGCCUCGUCAAAGCUCACUGGGAUGAUCCCAAACUCUCCCUUGUGAUCUUCUCCAAAUCAUCA